AUGGGGUCUCUUCAAAUUUCAUACAUUUCCGAGCCAUUUGCCAUUCUGACGGAUAGGCUUAUCCUACUCCCCACCCCGAUCGCGGUAUCCUCAGCCACCUACCGCAAGCUAUACGCAACACUACACGCCGACGCAAGCUUCUGUCAAAUGGGCUUUGGAAACAGGUUUCCUGUUAAGAAUUGGAGUGACGAUGAAACUCGUAAUAUGAUCGAGACGCGCGAUAUCGCACUAUCGUGGACGAAGUUCGACCUGGGAGACUUCGCUGUGGGGUUGCGGGAGUGUCAGUUCAACGAUAAGAGCCCACAUGAGAGGAAGUCUCCACCCUCGGUGAAGCUGAUCAAAGGAAGCGAGUUGGAGAAACUGACGGGGAUUGAUCUGGCACAUCUGGAAGAGAUUCAUUGGGUUGGCUAUGCUGGUAUCCGCGAUGCGACGACGACUUCACUCCUGCGAGUACGAGAAGCCGGAGACCCCGCUUUUCCGCCUUGGCAGGAGAUGGUUGAGGUGCGGUAUGGCGUCUCACCAGAAUGCUGGGGCACAGGUAUUGCUAAGGAAGCAAUGGAAGCGGUCAUUCGGUGGGCAGUUGAUGAAAGGGGAGUAAGGAGGUUUAUUGCUGAGACGGAGAGAGAAAAUCAGCGAAGUGGGAGAGUGCUGCAGAAGCUUGGAUUCAACCUGAGUGGGACAAAUUACUUCAAAGAACCAUUGGAAAUUGAAUGGGAAUUGGUUGUGUAG